UUUCCUGAUUCGACACCAUCUCCAGCAGAAGGAAUACGCAGGCGCUUUCUGGACGCGCCAGAUCCUUGAACUCAAACACCGCCCUAAACAUAGUACUACGCAGGCGCUAACUAUCUUCUUUGCCAACUGCCCACCCCCUUCUCUGCGGUGGCUGGAGACACACCCCUGGGGUUAAGGCGCAAGCGCCGUUCUUCCCCACUUGCGGCGGGCUAUCUCGUUACGCAUGCCCGGGCGGCGGCGGGACUUUCCACGGAUUUUACCGCCGGAAGUUCGGCGGCCAUUACCAAAGAGUGCGAGUUCGGCUGGCUUGCUAGAGAGGCUUGUUUCCGCCCCGCUCCCGGGUGGUGGGCGGCCAUUUUAGCUGAAGAAACACCUAAGUUCUGGAAAUAGCGACUCAGUAUCAUGGCCGGCAGCCCUAAUGAAGAUCCAGAAGGAAGCAGAAUCACUUAUGUGAAAGGAGACCUUUUUGCAUGCCCCAAAACAGACUCUUUAGCCCACUGUAUCAGUGAGGAUUGUCGAAUGGGUGCUGGGAUAGCUGUCCUCUUCAAGAAGAAAUUUGGAGGGGUGCAGGAGCUGUUAAAUCAACAAAAGAAAUCUGGAGAAGUGGCUGUUCUGAAGAGAGAUGGGCGAUAUAUAUAUUACUUGAUUACAAAGAAAAGGGCUUCACAUAAGCCAACUUAUGAAAACUUACAGAAGAGUUUAGAGGCCAUGAAGUCCCACUGUCUGAAGAAUGGAGUCACCGACCUUUCUAUGCCCAGGCAAGGAAAUCCAGGGCCCCGAAUGAAUACUUGUAAUCGAGUGGUGACAUUUGCUGUCUUACCGGGAGACAAAUGACUUGAAAGCCUAACUCAAAAUACAGGCUUAAAAGUGGACAAAUUUAAAAGCUUUUUAACAUCACCAGUGAACCAGUUGUCAGACCUCAGGCCACGUUUUACCCAUUUCUUAGCCUGUGUUGAAUGAAUCAGAAUAAUUAAAACACACAGCCUGCUUAGUCGGGAGGACAUGUUGUUGAGUCCUCUCUGUUGAGUCUGGACAUCUUCUAUCUAAGGCUGAGACUCUGUUCUUGAAGGAGUAAAAGCUUAAGAGCCAAAUCUGAGCAAUUGUGAUUUUCUU